AUGAUCAAUGAGAAAAAAGUCUCCCCUGGUACUAGCAAAGUCUGGAACAAUACAAUUGCUGUCUGGGAAAGCUUCUCAGGAGUGUUUGCUUUCAACAGCUCAUCAUUGGAUGAGAAGGGCUGCUGGCAUGGUAGUGGCUGGAGAUAUGAGAAUGUCUCAAGUGAUAGUGGUCAAGGUCUGAAACAGAUGGUGCACACUCCCCAUUUACAGCCCAAGCAUUGGCACUUGGGUGUGGUUGAUGUAAAACAAUGUGUAUAUAAGCAACAAGACAGACAUUUGAAUCUCAGUUGUGGGCUGCUGGUGCCAUAUCUAAUGAGGCUGUUAGAGACUGUGCUUGGAUGGAGAAGUGAAGGGGUCAGGGCUUGGCUUCAGCUCUUGCACCCCUUAGCUGAUGGGUCAGGAAAGCAGAGUGGAGGAGGUGGAGGAAGUUUAUUGGAAUGGAGGGGAGCAAGGGGAUGGAGUGACAAGGUCAGAGAGGUAAGAUUAGUCGAGCGGUUAUUGGAAGUACCGGUGAUCCAGGAAUAUAUACCUAAAUGGGGAAAGGAGUUUACAGUAGAAUGGACAAUGCAGAAGGCAACCGAUGAGGCAGUCAAGCAGAACCAUAGGAGCGGAUGCGGGAGGCGACUGGGUUGGGCAGACGGCAGACGGAGCGGAGAUGUCAGGAAAGCAGAGAAGUAUGAGGAUCGAACAGAAGUCAUGGGCAGUGUGAUAUUUGCAGGUGUCAUUGCUGCUGGCAUGGUAGUGGCUGGUGGGACAGAAGUAGCCAGUGGAGGAGGCGCUGAAAGCAGCUGA